AUCGACGUUUGCAUCUUUGUUUACAAAGUCACAUACGUCCUUUUGAAUAAGUACCCGAGAUUUUGUGGCUAUCAGAUCGAUUACUCCAACGCGUGAAAAUGAUUUCUAAUUCAUCAUCGAAAAUUGAUAAAAGUAAGGUCGCAACCGAAAAGGUAAGAUUGUCUAACAGAAAUGCCAGAGUGAACAACCUAUUCAUCUCCAAAAACAUCUUAAACUAAAAAAAUAUCUUACAGCCAAAGUGCGAUAAAGCCGAAACAACGUCGUCAAAGAGCAAAGAACGUCCAUACAAACUGCGACACGUUCGGAGCUUCUCCCGCGAUUACCAGCAGAUGAGUCACAUUCCGUGGUACUGCUAUUUAUGCCGGUUACAGUGCAAAGAUGACGAAACACGGACGCAUAUUUGGUUUCAUUCGUCAGGUUGAUGACUACCUUCUGGAGGAACCGAGUUAGGCCGUGCGUUUGGACUACCGUCCCGAUUACGCCAGAACGUUGGUGUACGUGCGGAACGUGUGACCCCAUUCGGUGUUGCGACUCAGCCGGGCCUACAUCCACCUGGCAGACGGUCACAUGAAGAUGCUGAUUGAAAGCGAGAUGCGCCUUCCUUGGGGUACGGUUUCAAAGUUUUGCUUCGACAGUUGCCUGCUGUCGGAGCUGGAUAGAAGCUACGGACUGAUAUUGGUUGGACUGGCGGACUCAAAGACAGAAAUAUUGGAACUUUACCACCUGCAAGUGACCGUGUUGAAUCAUUUCGUGAAAGAGCAGCUAAUUUUGAAGAAACCAACGAUUCAUUGUCCGCUGUUGAAUCAGUAUCCGGUACCGAUGGAAAAAAAGAUCAUAUACGAGAGUUUUCAAUGGUUCAACAAAUAUGUCGCAACAAAUCACGAGCAGCUGUCUGCUGUGCGAAAUAUCGUGAAUCGGACUUCGUUCCCUGCUCCGUACAUAUUAUUUGGACCACCCGGUACUGAAAAAAGUUCAACUAUCGUAGAGGCAGUUUUACAAAUUUAGAAACUACAACCCAAAGCCAACGUUCUCGUAUCGGCAGCUUCAAAUUUCGCCUGUGAUGAAUUCACCACGCGCCUGCUGGAAUUCAUUCCCGCCACCGAUGUGUUCCGUUUCGUAUCCUUCGUAUCGAUUUUGCUGAUAACGGAACAACACCAUCGUUCUCAAAGAGCAGUGGAGGUUUUGAGGAAGGUGGUGAGUAUCGUCGCGGCCGCGACUACGAAUAUCCGGAAGGCGGUGCAUCAUACGAGGAAAAUUCAUCGUACGGCUAUGGUGGAAGACCGUUCCGCGGCCGUGGUGGUUUCCGUGGCGGUUUUCAUCGUGAUGGCCCACCGCACCACGGGGACAAUGAUGAAUGGCGUCGAUCAGGAGUCGAUGGCAAAUAUGAUUCACGCCGUCGUUCGUGAACCAGGAAUCGAUAGAUCUCGCUCCCAUUCACCGAGGCGACGCAGUCCGGCUGAUUCUGAUUCGUCUUCUUGUAGGAAUGGCAUGUUAUCGAAUGCAAGAACGUUAAUACCAGAAGUGGCACGGAAAUCUACCACAGUCUGGCAAGGGGCGCUGAACACUAUUCCCCGUCAAGUUGCACCUAACGGACGGAGACCACGAAAUAGUGGACAGCCUGAUGAAAGACGAGGAAGGUAAACAUCACCUUCGUAUUACUCAGCGACUACGCCUCGAUCAACCCAAGUUGGAAGAUGUGCAGAAGCGCAUAUCGACGUCAUCGUCGCACGUAAUCUUCCUCGGCCUGCCGGGAUCGACGUCAUCGGUAGCAUCGUCGGAUGAUGCCAGUGUUCAGACGCGUCCACUGCGUAAUCUCGUGUCCUACCUGAAGCAGAAAGAAGCGGCCGGCGUUAUAUCCUUACUCAAUAAAGAAACGGAAGCAACCGGUGUGCUCUACUCAUUCCCGCCAUGCGAUUUUUCGACAGAAUUGUUGAAACGAACAUGUCACAACCUCACCGAGGAGGGACUGAAGGAAGACCAUCUGGUAAUCGUGGUGGUCCGAGGAGGAACAAUCCUCUGAAGUGCGUUCUCUCUGGUAUUACAGCAACUAGUCCAUAUUGGCACAGCAUACAACAUGGCUGGUCUAAAAAUUUGUUUGUAAAUCAAAAGUUUGUUCUUAAGACAAAGUUUUGACUUUCUGUUUAUAAGUGGAUAUAGACACUUAAUAUAUUUGUUGGUUGUUUGCUCAUUGUUUGUUGGUUGAUUGAUUGGUUAUUUAGUUGAUUGGAUGUUGGUUGGUAGAAUUAUUAAUUGGUUGGUUGCUGCUUGAUUUGUUAGUUGGUAGAACCUAGAACCGUUGAAUGGUUGGUUGCUUCACAGUUGGUUGGUUGCUUGAUUGGUUGGUUAUUUAGUUUAUUGGUUGUUUGACUGGUUGAUUGAUUGGUUGGUCGGCUGGUUAGUUGAUUAGUUGUUUUGU